GUCUUUUGCUCUGCACGUGUUUUGCAAAGGGAACAGCUGACUAUUGACCUACCUUGAAUGGGUGUUGCUUGGAGUACUUACAAACAAACAAGAGAGCGGGGAAAGAAACAGAAAAGGAAAUGCACGCUAUCACCGUCAGAGAGAAAGAGGCUAUUAAAGAUAAAAGCGGAGAUGGAAGGAGAAAUUCAAGCUUUAGAAGAACAGAUUUGCCUGGAAAAACUUGCGCAAAUUGCUAGGGGUAACAGACCUCAGCAUAUGAACGAAGGAUCAAGCUCGACUGGAAUCAACAAACCAGACACAAAUUUACAAAAGGACAGGUUUGAAUCGCAGCCCUGCCCCCUUGAAUCUGAGAGACAAAUGCUUGACGCACUCCAGUUUGCAUGGUUUCAGAGAAAGAAUCCGCUAGAAAAUUGGACAGUCGGCUCACUUCCUAGCCUAAGAGAUAUAUGGUACGCCAAUAAAGAUGACAACACUAGAGCUCAGCAAAAGCAUUUUUAUCGAGAGCAUUAGGCGACCAUACAAU